AUGUCACGUGGACGUUCUUUGUCGUUCGAUGAUCGUUUUGAAAAAAUCAAGAAGGAAGGAUUUUUGUCUUGUCAAGAAUUUCAAGGUAAAUCCACUCAAAACCAAGGUAAAAGUUAUACUUUCACUUAGAAUAAGACUUGUAGAAGUGUAUUUAGUGUAUAAUUCUUGUUUAAACGUCGAAGAUCUGUCUUUAAAACACGUUUAGGUCGUGAAAUUCGGCGAGAACACCAAGACGAAACAAGGUCUGGAAGUGAUUAG